AUGAUGAUAGAACGUAUUGCACCACUCGUUCUUACUCAGAUUCGCAGCAUAUUUUCAUAUAUCGAUUACAAUUUGUUAACAUCGUUUCUUAAUGAAAAUAUUGACCAAAUUCUUUGGCUUAGUGGUUUAAGUAUGACGUCUUUGAUAGCGUUCAUUCGAAAUUCGUAUAAUGAACAGAGCCAUUCUUUCACUGCUACAAGCUCACAAUAUGAACCGCAAGCUGAUGGAGGUAAUGAUGGUGGAUCAGGAGAUAGUAGUGGAAGCGAUGGAGAUGAUGAUGAAACGGAAAUAAAAAAGAUUUUGGAAGGAGCUAAUCCAGAACGUCAAAAAGGUCGUCCGAAAAUUUAUGGAAAGAAAGGUGGUGAAAUACAAGCUAAGAAAGAUUUUGCUCGACUAUCCGGUCGUGAACAACCGAAAGAAAACGGCGUUCUGGUGAAACGCAUGAACAAUGGACAAACAGCAACACUACGAUCGAGCACAGACCGACGUUUAACCAUAGAUAUACAAAAAUCGAAUACAAAACGCGGUAUAAUUUCGAUUUUUAAAAUUCGAUAUAGUGACUGA